UCCUUGAAUACGCAAGACAGUAUAGCAUUUCAAAUUACCAAACAUUUAAAAGUCGUUAUCUAUACCUUGAUUCCUACCUGAAGGUAUCGGUGACCUCCAUCUACCAGAUACGGAAGCCGAUUAAACGAAAGCUUAUAAUCCGUUCAAACUAUCCUCUAUAAGCAAAAGACUACGAAGUUUGAAUUCUUGUUAUAACCCAUCAGCUGUGUUUGCGCAAGCGGCAUUUUGAGUAGAUUUAGUAGUAUUAGGAAUCAUUACAUAUGAGGUUACUAACGUGAGUCUGUUUUUCUUAUUGCAGGGCAGCAAAUGUAAUGGAAGCCAUAUUUAAGCUGACCCUGCAGAACGAUAGAUAAUUCUAUUUUGUAAUAGAUUUUCUCUUUUUUGUACCCGAUCCAAAUCUUUGAAUUUUCGAAAUAUAUGUUGUACUAGUACGUCGCGUUCUUACUACAGAGUCAUUUAACGAUUUGACUGUUGUGUUGUUGUUUCAGACCGUUUCCGCUUCCAAGUAGACGCUAAUAAUACGCGCUUCAGUGAUGCAUAAUUUAGAUUUCGACUACGAAGAGCCGGUUGAAAAACGUUUUGAAGACCUCUGUCAAGAUUUAUGUAUAGAUGGAUCUGUUAGAGAGGAAGCUUGGGAAAAGUACAAAGAUGUUUGGGCGAAUUAUUCGAUUGAUGGUGAUCAAAUCCAGUGGCUUGUUUGUUCUCUCUAUGAAUGUUGUCGCCGUUGUCUAUCAGACGGAAUUUCUGGACAUGUCGAUAACGCCUAUAUAUCUCUGUCACGAUUGUUAUCUGCAGCCAAAAUGAGUAUGGUUCAGUUUUUCCAUCGUAUUAGGAAAUGGGCUGACAUGACUGAUAUGCUGGAUGAUAUGAGAGAUCGCAUCGAGCUCAUUGAACGUCAGUUCUCCGUUUCAUCGGUGAUAUUUCGUAAUUUCGGUCGAUCGUUUGGGGUAUUAUUUUCUGACACAGAUUAUGAGACCAGUCAAAUGCGCCCAACGGGUUCUGACUUAUUCAGGUUUACAUGGCUGCUAUUCAUCAAGUCUCGAGCAAGUUUUCCAGCAGUUACCGAUGAUUUAGUCAAUUCCUAUCACUUACUAGCCUGCUGUUUGGACUGGACUCUUGGUGCAGUUAUGCUUUCCAGAAGACGAGAUUUGAUCAAUAUGGAGCAAAAUGGUUUGCCUAGGGAUUUUUUAACUUCAGUUGCUCAAAACAAAACUUGGUGUCCACCUCAUGAUGAGCCAACUUGUAUGCUACGUCCAAUAUGCGAAGAUAAUGAUGUUAAUUAUGUUGAGUGUAAAACUGUGAAAGAACACUUUUUUCGACCAUUUAUGCUAAGGUUGAUUGAAAAGGAUUUGAUCAAACUUCACCCUUCAGUUCUUGGGAGUUUAUUAGAACAGGAAAAUUUCGAAAUAACAAUUCAAAAUUUGAACAAUAACUAUGAGGAAUACAUUAUCGGUACGGGGGACUUUGAUGAACGUAUUUAUCUGAGCCCGAAUGCAUCAGAAGAAAUUGGAUCAAUCGGGGAAAGUACUGUUCAGUCUGAUUUUCAUCUACCUGUCGGUCUGACACCAUCUGCGCGCCGAUAUAUGCUCGAAGUUAGUAACUCUGGUUUUGGAGGUUUCACUGAGACUACGCGGCGUGGUAAUGCGAAUGCUGGUGCUAUCAGUCGUCUUAAUGGAGGUGUCAAUUUUAGCAAUCCUGAAGCUCGAAGUCAAAAUCUCAAUCAAUUACAAAUUUUGUUAAAUGGUCGAAACAAUGAGCCAUGUGAAUCUUUAGUCCAUCUUAUCAAUGCACAUUGUUCUGUAUCACCACUCUCUACAAUUCGUGAAAGAUUAGAUAAUUUAGGUGAACAAUUUCAACGAGCUUAUGCUGGAUUAAAAUCAAUCAAUAGUAGUGGAGUAACAAUAACACCAACAGCGAAUAAUUUAGCAAUUUCAGCUGCACAACAACGACUACAAUUAUGUUAUCCAUUAUAUUACAUGGCUUUAGAAAAUAUUCUCUUAGAUGAAAUUCGUAGAAUCGAAAAGAAACUGGUUACUACUACUCCCACUCCACUCUCCAGUUCAAAUAAUUCAAAUAAAACACGCCGUACCCAUCCUGACCUUACCACAUUAUUAGCACAAGAUACAUUUCAUCGGGCUUUAUUCAUUUGUUGUAUGGAAAUAGUUAUGGUGAGUUGUGAUCCACCAAACCACCAUUUUCCAUGGAUAUUAGAAGCGUUAAGUCUUGAUUCAGUUCAAUUCUUUAAAGUCGUCGAAGUUUUAGUUCGUAACCUAGAUUUGCCGCGUGAAAUUGUUAAAUAUAUGAAUCAAGUUGUCGAAUAUAUUCUAGAUUCAUAUGCAUGGCGUACAAACUCUUCAAUAUGGUCGGUACUGAAAGCAACCGGACGAGCUCCAUCUAUUGAAGAAGUUAUACCUCCUGAAAAACUUGAUCAAGGUUCUAACGAUUGUUACACACGAAAUACUACUACCAUAUCUCCUGGCCGAAAAUUGUUAACUUCUAAUGUAAUAUCUACCAAAAAUAUAAAACUCUCACCAAAUUCUUAUGCUAAACAACCUCGUCUUACAGGUAGUAACAAUAGUAAUAAUAACAGUAAUAGUAUUACAUCUAAAGUAUCAGUUAGUCGACAACAAAACAUUGAAUUUUCAACAAAUCAACCUGGUAUCUAUCGGCUACUUUCAUCGGGAGUUGAAGAUGAAUCUGCUCAAGCAGCAGCUCAACUACUUGCAAGUGGAGCUACUGAUUCAGUUAAUAUAGAUUCUGGUCUUCUUGGAACAUCAGAUGAUGUUGGCAUCAAUCAGGAUAAUGUGAAUAUUGAUGUGAAACCGAUAACAGAGCAGUUAGUUGAUGAUUAUAUUGUUAACACCGCAGUUACUGUGACUAGUGCUACUACCACCGUUAAUAGUAGUAAUAAUAGUACUGUUGUUACAUCUCUAACGCCUGGUUCCGGCAAUACAAUUAAUUAUUUCCCUAUUCGACAUGAUUCAAUUGCCAUAUUUUUUCGACAAACAUAUCAAAUGGCCAGUUUACGUUUAAGAGAUUUAUGCGAACGUUUAAGUCUUACUCGUGAACUUAUGGCAAAAAUCUGGACAUGUAUAGAACAAGUAAUUGUGCAUGAAACUGAAUUGCUUAGAGAUCGCUGUAUAGACCAAGUUAUAAUGUGUUGCAUUUAUGGUAUAUGCAAACUUGUUCUCUAUCGUCCGCUUACAUUUGUUGAUAUAGUUCAGGUGUAUAGAAUGCAACCUCAAUCUUAUCGAGAUAUAUAUCGUCGUGUACUCAUCAACAGAGUUUCUUAUGGUCGUGGCAAUACUGAAGAACGCGGUGAUUUGUCUCGAUUUUACAAUGUUAUAUUUUUACCACAAAUGAAAGACUUCAUUAAAAAGGCAGCAUCUGUACGUUCUACAUAUAAUGAAACAGAUCCUAAUUGUCGAACAGGACAUCAUUCACUAGGCUCUGAUUCAUUAUCAACCGAUGAUAACACUGUAUUGAAUCAAUGGACGCUUCAUCCAUCGUUAUCCCCAAUGCCUAUUCUCGUAAACAAUUUAGCUUCAAAUUCUGCCGCGGCUCUCAAUUUAGGUCUUGAUCCAACAACUACAUCGGGAGAUAUAAUACAAGCUAGACGUUUAGCCAGUAAUCGUAAUAUAUUCAUCAGUCCAGUUAAACAACAAGUAAACCUAUCUCCCAAAAAAGUCAUUUUUACAGUCGGCCGAAGUACUGGUAAAGAUUUACAAGAUGUUAAUCUAAUGAUAAGCUCUGCUGAACGUCGUGCAUCAAUGGCUAAUUUAACAAUGGGCUUAAAACGUCCAGCAGGUGGUGGCAGUACAACGACUACAUAUGUUGCUAAUUCAUCUCCAUUCACAGUCACUUCUGGAACAAGUUCAUCACGUACAGUUACUUUAGUUGGACCAAGUGGAUUCACUACAAAACGAAUAGAUUUUGAUAUGUGAACAUUAACUCAAUCGACAUUGUAUUAUUAUUAUUAUUAUUAUUACUGCUAUUUUAUUAUACCUGCAUUUUUUUCUUUGAAAAAAAAAACAAAAGAAUUGAACAUUCACUAAUUCAUUGUUUUUUUUUAAUUAUCUUUGUGUUAUUAUCUGUGAAUAAACAAUAUCUAUAUAAAUUAUACCAAGAAUUUUC